GGUAGACUACUCGAACCUGUCAACUGUCACGUUCGCAUUCAUUCGGCUCAUUAUUUACACACAGAACAGUUGCUGUUUUACUCCCAAAGGCUGUGUUCACAGCCAUAACACUUUCUCCAUAAUCGUUUUUGAACUUGGGGUCAAUAUUUUUUUAUUGCUGACAUAAUACGUAUGACCUGUAUGGUGUAAAGAAAAAAAAAUCAGAAAUGUUCUUCAGGGUAUUCCGUUCCACCACUUGGUUAGCUACUGGCCAAGGCAAACGUGUAUUGGGUGUCGUCGGUUCGAUAAUAGCUGGUGGAACAAUCACUGCUUACUACCAGCGAAAUGAAGCACACAUGGCAGCAAAAUUGGCUGUUAGUCAUUUCAUGGCGGAACCUAUUACUCCGAAGGACACAUUGCUGGACAAUGCGGAUGAAAUGAAAACAAAAAUGGAGCUUCUGAUUAUGAAAAUCCAGGCGGACUUUUGUCGGUCCCUGGAAAAUGAGGAGAACUUUGGCAAAAAGUUCACCAUUGAUCGGUGGGAACGUAAGGAGGGUGGCGGUGGGAUCACCUGCGUCCUUCAAGAUGGGGAUGUUUUUGAGAAGGCUGGCGUGAACGUUUCCGUAGUUCACGGAAUGCUUCCGCAGGGUGCGAUACAGCAAAUGCGGUCCCGAGGGAAGCAGCUGGCUGAUGGGGAUUUGCCGUUCUUUGCCACUGGUGUCAGUGCAGUCAUUCAUCCCAGGAAUCCAAUGGUUCCGACGAUUCAUUUCAAUUAUCGUUACUUUGAAGUGACGGAUUCCAAAGGGGAAAAGCUAUGGUGGUUUGGAGGAGGGACUGAUCUUACCCCUUACUAUUUGGAUGAAAAGGAUGCCGCACAUUUCCAUCAAACACUGAAGGAAGCAUGUGACGAGCAUGACGAUAGCUACUAUCCCAAGUUCAAGGAAUGGUGCGAUAAAUACUUCUUCAUACCACAUCGCAAUGAAUGUCGUGGAGUUGGGGGAAUAUUUUUUGAUGACCUCGAUACUCCCAACCAGGAAAGUGCAUUUAAUUUUGUAUCAAGCUGUGCCCAUUCGGUGGUACCGUCCUAUUUACCGCUAGUUCGGAAGCACAAAAACGAUUCCUACGGCGAUCGCGAACGGCAAUGGCAACUUUUGCGCAGAGGACGCUACGUCGAGUUUAACUUGAUUUACGAUCGUGGAACGAAAUUUGGACUCUACACUCCUGGGGCACGCUUCGAAAGUAUUCUGAUGUCUCUUCCACUGACUGCGAAAUGGGAGUACAUGCAUAUUCCAACCCCGGAUAGCAAGGAAGGUGAGAUUACGCAAGUGCUGAAAAACCCGCGAGACUGGUUACAAACGGCAGCGAACAAAUAAUGUUUUUAUUAAACGUUAAAGUUUUCCACAGAUUUUUAAUAAAAGUUUACUUCAGAAGGUU